AAGUGGGGGGGAUUUGGUAAGUCAAAAAAAAAAGCAAGCAGUCUCCUGGUAGCUUGGUUUCUGAGCAAAGAAAAGAGAGAAAUGUCCUGGAUAUAUUUGGUUUAAUAGUGUAGAGAGCUUAGUUUAGUGUUUUAAAUGAAUUAAGGAAGGGGUUUGAGAGUUGGCAUGGAACUUCCUGUUUGAAAACUUUCAAAGUGGUGACCAGAAGAAGGAGAAGGAGAUGUGGGAUCGGGCUUAAACAAGCCCUUCUGCAUGUUUAGAUUGUUUUUUUCUUGUUUGUUGAUUCUUUUUGUGGCCGCUCGGACAGGGUGAGCUCCUUUUCUUGCGCCCUGUGCGCGUCUCAGGCUUUAAGUUUUGCUCUUUUUUUGUGCGUUUUCCUGCCAUUCUUCUCUGCGCUUCCUGCUCGGACUGACCGUGAGCGCUUGACGACUAAAAAUACUCUCCAUGCAGGCAGAAAUGGACUUUCUGUUCUUUUAAAAACACCAGGAUCUGUCAUUAUGUUAGAUCUAUAGAUCUAUGUAUAUAUUUCUGUUCCUUUUCUUGGCGGAGUAGUUUUUUUUUUUGCAUUUGCGCUCCUUAUCCAAGUUGCACUGGUUUAUUAUUGGAAAUUUAGUUCACCAAUGUAGUGAACUGAAGCCAUUUCCUGUUCAUCAGAUCAUGGGAUUGUUCUUUGCUUUGACGUUUGAUCCGAUCUCGACUUGAGAUCUGUCCAUGCUCAUGGAGUGCUCAGGGUUUGCGCUCAGAUCCGUCUUCAUGGAGACCCGUGCGCUCCAUGUGCCGCGGUGCUGUGCGCUUUUUUCCGGUUAGUGCGCGCUGGGUUUGGAGAAGAGCUUGGAGCGCACCAGUCCCUUCUCCAUGAUCCUCACGUACAGAUUGGAAACAGGAGAGAGGAGCUGGAGUGUGUGUACAUUUGGAUCGUUUUCCAAUUGUUUGGAUCCGUGCGUAAAGAGGAGAAGAAGGAAAAAGAAGAAGAGAAAGAAGAAGCGCCAUGGAGCCUCUGAAGAACAUCUUUACGCGCGGCACGCUGUCCCCCUGGAAAAAUCUGGAGCAAUCCCAGAAAGGGAACUUCACCAACCCGGUGUGGACAGCCCUCUUUGACUAUGAGGCGUCCGGUAAAGACGAGCUCACCCUGCGCAAAGGCGACGUGGUGGAAGUUCUGUCUUUAGACUCAGAAAUUUCCGGGGAUGAAGGCUGGUGGGCUGGGAAGGUCAACAACAAGGUGGGAAUCUUCCCUUCCAAUUAUGUCUCGCUCAAGCCUGGAGGAUAUGGAAAGAUCCCGGGUUCGAGUGUUGCGGGUGAGCUGCAGUUCGAGCCGGAGGUGGUGGAUUUCCGGGAGCUCAGCUUGCAAGAGGUGAUCGGUGUCGGCGGGUUCGGGAAGGUCUACCGUGGCACAUGGAGAGGGGAACUCGUGGCGGUCAAGGCGGCGCGCCAGGACCCGGACGAAGACAUCAGCGUGACGGCGCAGAACGUGCGCAACGAGGCACGCCUCUUCGCCAUGCUCACGCACCCCAACAUCAUCGCGCUCAAAGGAGUGUGCCUGCAGGAGCCCAACCUGUGCUUGAUCAUGGAGUACGCGUCCGGUGGGCCUCUGAGCCGUGCCCUGGCCGGGAGACGCAUCGCACCACACAUCCUGGUCAACUGGGCUGUGCAGAUCGCCAGAGGAAUGCUGUACCUUCACAGCGAGGCGAUAGUCACUGUCAUUCACAGAGACCUAAAAUCAAAUAAUAUCCUCCUGGCACAUCCAAUAGAGAAGAAUGGGAUUGAUGGAAACAUUCUGAAGAUCACGGAUUUCGGUUUGGCGCGAGAGUGGCAGAAGACCACCAAGAUGAGCACAGCGGGGACCUAUGCCUGGAUGGCACCAGAGGUCAUCAAAUCUUCCACCUUCUCCAAGGGCAGCGACGUGUGGAGCUAUGGAGUUUUAUUGUGGGAGUUACUCACAGGCGAGGCUCCAUACAGAGGGAUUGAUGGUCUGGCUGUGGCCUACGGAGUGGCAGUAAAUAAACUGACUCUGCCCAUCCCCUCCACCUGCCCUGAACCCUUCACCCAUCUCAUGUCAGGGUGUUGGAAUCAGGACCCCCACCACAGGCCGAGCUUCGCCUCCAUCUUGGCUCAGCUGUGUGCUCUGGAGCAGCAGGUGAUGGAAGAGAUGCCUCAGGACUCCUUCCACUCCCUGCAGGAUGACUGGAGAUUGGAGAUCCAGGGCAUGUUUGAUGAGCUGCGUGCUAAGGAAAAGGAACUGCGGUGUCGUGAAGAGGAGCUGAAGCGUGCCGCUCUGGAGCAGAAGUCUCACGAGGAGUUUCUGCGUCUGCGAGAGCAGCAGCUGGCCCAGUGGGAACAGGAUGUGUUCGAGAGGGAGCUCUCACUCCUCAUCCUCCACCUAAACCAAAACCAGGAGAAACCCAACGUCAAGAAGCGCAAAGGAACCUUCAAGAAGCACAAGCUCAAAUGCAAGAAUGGGGAGAAGAUCAGUAUGCCACAAGAUUUUAUCCAUAAAAUCACUGUACAGGCUUCUCCUGGGUUGGAGAAGAGACGAAAUUCUCCAGAUUUGGGUUCUCCUUCCAUCGGUCCACGUUUCCGUGCCAUCCAAUUGAGCCCAAAUGAAAGUAAGUGGAGCUCAGUGUGGCCACUGGAAACUCUUCCUCUGAAGGCUAACGGGGAGAGGAGACUUGCCCCUCACUGGAGCCCAAAAAGUCCCAAGAGCCCCAAAAUGCAGCGCCUGAGUCCACAGGAGAGUGGUCUGUCUAUGAGAGCUCGGCUAUUGGCUUUGGACAGCAACGAGAACGGAGACUCCAAAGACGACUUCGAGGAGUACAGACCCACCACACCUGAACCUAGCCAAAAUGGCUCUAACUCGGUUAAGGAACCUUCCUGGACACCUCUUCCAGAAGAGGACUCUGGGAGUGAAGAGGGAUAUUUGUCCCCUUGUAGUUCACCAAACCUAGACUGUCGCUCCAGUGUUCCCCCUCAUACUAAAAGCACUCACCGCGCCUUGCUGAGUGGUGCCGCUCUUCUUGCCUCCGUGGCUCUGGGACGCCAUCUGGAACCCCAGCAACCACCGACACCCCCUCCACGAACUGCCCAUAGAACUAAUGUUCCUGCUCUGGAGUUAGGGCGAGAACACCCCCCACUGGCUGUGGCGGACUUACCCACGGAUUCCAACUUGGUUGGGGACCUUAUCACAUUUAGUACAGACUGUCUGCCCCAAGAGCUUCUUGAUGCCUCACUGAAGCCCCCGGAGAAUAAGCCGUUACCAUUGACCCCACCUCCUCCGAACCCCAGAGAGAGAAACCGGUCAAGCCGAAAGACUGUCCAGCACAGCUCUGCUGAGUGGAUUGCUAAUGGAGAGACAGAGAGUGAGAGUAUGAACUUGAGUGGAGACAGAAGGAGAAGAUCUAGUCAUGGACUUUCCUCGCAACUAGUGUUGGAUCUACCAUUGUGUCAAGAUGCAAUGGAAGCAGAUGAGAAAUCCCCAGUCCCAUUUGCUCUAUACCCUGAUCCUCAUCUUUGGAGCCCAAAAACACGGCGCCUGGAGGUAAACAUCAUACCACGACCCCGGCCGUCUCCUAACCGUCCCCGGAUAGAUCCCUGGAGCUUCAUUUCAGCUGCUGGGAUGGAAAAAUGCAGCUCACGGCAUGCUAGUUCAACUAGCAGCCCCACAAGUCCACGACUGGGGUAUAGACCAUCACCUACCAACCCCUUCAUGAAUUGCGACCCCUUCCCGUCCCCUGACUGUGAUCCCUUCAGUCUCAAGGCUGACCCGUCGAUAAACUCUGAACUUCCCUCGCCAUUUGAUCCCUUCUCCGCUCCUUUUCCCAUUUCCCGCUCUGCACCAUGUUCCACCAACGGGAGUCCCAACCUCUCUCUCAGGGUCGCCCCAUUGAACCCUGCUGACUCCCCAUUCAUAGACCUGGAUUGGGCAGCAGUAAAUAAGCCCAUAGGUGUUGCCAAAGAGAAAGUGUUCCCCAGAAGGACUCUAGGUCUUAGUCCCUUCAAGUCGCCAACAAAACAAAGAGACGACAUAUUCUGAGUUUCUAAAGGAAGCCACACAUUUACCAAUUCGGAUUCACGCAACGGCCCAUAAGGAGGAAUCGCUCCCAGUAUUUGGUGCUUUGGAGUUGUUUGUGUUCUUUUGAAAAGCUUCAGAUUAUCCAAGUGUUGGAUUCUAAGGUUUGCCUUUCCAAAAAAGGAAGCUCAUGAUAUUUGCAGUUUUAGGAUGUGGCUUGAUUUGAAGAAAAUAACAUCAAUUACCAUUCCAGAUUGAAAAUACUUCCAGAACUGGAGCAUUUUCCAUCUGACUUGAUUAGCAUUGUGACUUGUGUAAUUUGCAUUGCAUUACUUUAAGUGCCUUUUUCUGUUGGUUAUCUCAAUUAGGGCAAUAUCUUUUUCAGCUAAUGAGUAGUUAGAGUUAUGUCAUGGCAAAAGACCAGGAAGGCAGAUGUUUUGGUCUUAUUUGAGUAUUAACUUUGGUUUUGUCAUCAGCUGUGUUAGAUUUUUUUAGAUGAUCCAAUUCUAAUGUGUCUGUCUUGAGUUUAGCAUAGUUCCUUUAAAAUACUUCUUCUCUCUUCAUAUGGAGUACAGUCUGUAUAAACAGUGAAGCUGUUGAUUUCCAUAUGCAAUGUUGGCGGGAUCUAAAUCUCUCUCUUUCUUGGAGUAACUGUUCCAGUCUGUUAGCUACAGCCUGUAAAGGACAACAAAAUAAACUUGCUGAUCAUUCCA